AAUUAUCAUAAUUUUCAUAGUAUUAUUCCAACCUCAGUGUGAAAAUAUAUAUAUAGAAAACGUUUUUGACUGCACUGGGCCUUUAAUCUCAAUAAAUAGUUUUUAAAAAAAGUUACUUUGGGAACAGGUCUUUCUCUGCCCAACUCACAGGAAGCCUACUGUAGACCCAGUCUGAACAAAGCACGAGGUAGACUAGCCACAAAGUCAUCGGACCAUCCCCCUGCGUUGUAGAAAACCCUCUCACUCAAACAGCAGCAGCGGUACUGGCAGUACGAUCAAGGCCCUUCCUUCAGUCUCCACAGGCAAACUCCGUUUUCACACCGGCUGCCUACUCCAGGCAUGGCUGACGGCUGUACCCAGUCAUGGCACUGCGACAUUACACCCUCGACUUCAACCUCUCAGCGCCAGCUGACUGUCCUUCGACUGUGCGUGGGCUGCAGUCUAUAUUUCAAGAGCAGGAAAUGACAGAGACUGUCCAUGACACUGAGGGACAUGGAUACCUUGCUACCUUCAUUGGCAAGAAUGGCAGGUUGGUUAUUCUGCGUGUGCACUCCCAAGGUCUGGUUACCGUUGAUCUGCAGUGUUGUGAAGGAGAUAACAUUGCACAAGUAGAUAAUCUUUUGAAUGCACUGGAAAAGAAGCUAAAAAGUAUCCUACAUGGAAACAUUAGGGGGGUCAAGAGGCUCCCAGCUCUGACACGAGGUGCAGCUGUUGAUCGAUACUGGCCCACAGCCGACGGCAGACUGGUGGAGUAUGACAUUGAUCGGGUUGUAUACGAUGAGGACUCUGCAUACCAGAACAUAAAGAUCUUGCACUCACAGCAGUUUGGCAAUAUCCUGAUCCUCAAUGGGGAUGUUAAUCUGGCAGAGAGUGACCUGCCCUACACGCAGGCCAUCAUGGGCAGAGGGAAAGAGAACUAUACAGGAAAGGAGGUGCUGAUCUUAGGAGGCGGUGAUGGAGGAAUCCUCGCUGAGGCCGUCAAACUCAAGCCAAAGAUGAUCACCAUGGUGGAGAUCGACCAAAUGGUGAUUGAUGGGUGCAGGACGCACAUGAGGAAGGCUUGUGGAAGUGUUCUGGACAACCUGAAGGGAGACUGUUACCAGGUGUUGGUGGAGGACUGUGUUCCGGUUCUGAAAAAGUAUGUGGAGGAAGGGAAGACGUUUGAUUACGUCAUCAAUGACCUCACAGCAGUUCCUAUCUCCACAGCGCCAGAGGAGGACUCUACAUGGGAGUUCCUACAGCUUAUCUUGGAUCUUUCAAUCAAAGUACUGCGUCCUACUGGGAAGUACUUCACACAGGGAAACUGUGCAAAUCUGACUGAGGCACUGGCUCUCUAUGAGGAACAGCUGGGAAGGCUCUCAUGUCCUGUGGACUUUUCCAAGGAGGUGGUUUGUGUGCCCUCUUAUAUGGAACUGUGGGUUUUCUACACCGUUUGGAAAAAGUAAAGAGCUCCCUCUCCCCUUCAAGCCCUGCCUGCCGGAAUGUGAAAACUGUCCCCCCACCCAUGAUCUGCUAUCGCACUGAGGGGCGAUAUGACCCCCCCCCCCCCCCCCACCCCCCCCAAAAAAACAAAAUCUCUACUCACACUAUUUUUUUUAUCCUUCUAAGUCCAACUCUCAAACUCUUUUUAGAUGUUGGUUUUAUAAUUUUAUGUCUAAACUUGCAAGAGAUUGUAUAUCUGUUAAUUGGAUAUUUUGAGUUGGGCUGUUUUUGCAUAUGUGCUCCAGGGAGAGCUGUGGGGCUGCUACCACUGGAUACACUGAAACCUACUGUAGAGGAUGACUCAGCAUUUCUAUAGCUGGUCCCAGACCUGUCUGUGCUUUAGACUUCUCUGACUAUAGCCUGGUCCCAGACCUGUCUGGGCUUUAGACUUCUCUGACUAUAGCCUGGUCCCAGACCUGUCUGGGCUUUAGACUUCUCUGACUAUAGCCUGGUCCCAGACCUGUCUGGGCUUUAGACUUCUCUGACUAUAGCCUGGUCCCAGACCUGUCUGGGCUUUAGACUUCUCUGACUAUUGUUGUCAUGCCAUACAUGUUACAUGUCUUAUACAUGUUUGAAAGGGCAACAAUACUCCUGAGGAGUUGCCUGAAGCUCAUAGAGAUCUGGGACCAGGCUAUAGUCAGAGAAGCCUAAAGCCCAGACAGGUCUGGGACCAGGCAAGUAUUGAAACACUUUAUGCACCUGUACUUUUCACAUUUGGGUUAUAAAAGCAGCACCAACAUACAAUAGCUUUUGGGUUCUGAUUGUGUGAUAGAAUAUGUGCUCCCCAUAGUUUCAACUGAAUGUCUGUUUGUGUGAUUGUUUUUCCUCUUCUGUUGUAACUGUGGCUUGAGUGUGAUUUUGAUUACAGGUGCUUGUCAAGAUGUUGAAAAGGCAGUGUGACCCUGCCCAUUGAGGCUGAAGUGUCCGAACGUGUUCUUAAAAGGGAAAAGGGUCCUCCUUUGUGGCGGUUUCUUGCUUGUAAUGAUUUAUUUUUACAUACUUCGUUUUAAAUUGGUCUAAAAUUCUGUUUGGUGCAUGUGCUGGAAAAGGAAAGUUUUAUUGAAUGUAGCUUACCAUAUAUACACAGUGCACAUUCAUGCCUUUUGAUGAUUAUUGUGGUGCUUUGUUACAUUUAUUUAUUGGAUAUUAUUUCACCAAAUGCUGUUUUAUCCCACUGGAAAAAUGUAUGUUGUUCAGCAGUGACUACCUGCUAUUAAAACGAGUUGGAGAAUAAAA